GAAUUUACAUAGGAGUAGAAGAGAAGUAAUCCGACAAAUUAUACACUUUCCAUAAUACACCGCCGCCCAUCGGUCCACAGUCGCCAUUAAAAAAGCUUUCUUUCAUACCAGAAAUCAAGGUUAAAUUUUUACAGUGUAAUCCUCAACCUUUAAAUCACCGAACGAGAGUGAUCGUCGGUGAAGAAGAGAAUGACUCAGCCAAAAACCGUUCUUUCUCACUUUGACUCUAUGCCCUCUACUCCGGGCAAGUUUAAGCCGGAGAAAUCCGCUUUUUACCGUCUCCGCCUUCAACCCAGGCUGUUUCUCCGGUUUAUACUCUGGUCCUUCGUCUUCGUUUUCGUUAUUCUUCUCUUUUUCUUCUUCUCCCCGCCGGCUUCCGGCGCCAGCAACCGGAGGAAUUUGAUCGACAAGCAGGCCCGGUCCGUGACGGACCAGCUCGGCCCGAAUUGGGAGCGUAGGGUUCGGGCAUCGGCGUUGCCCAGGUCGAAGUCGGGGUUCUCGAUUUUGGUUACCGGCGCCGCCGGGUUCGUUGGGUCCCACGUCUCUCUGGCCCUGAAACGCCGCGGAGAUGGCGUUCUCGGGCUCGAUAAUUUCAAUAAUUAUUACGAGGUCGGGCUGAAACGGGCCCGGAAAUCCCUCCUGGCCCGGUCCGGCGUUUACAUCAUCGAAGGCGACAUAAACGACGCCGUUUUGCUGCAGAAGCUCCUCGACGCCGUGGCGUUCACCCACGUGAUGCAUUUGGCGGCGCAGGCGGGAGUUCGGUACGCAAUGCAGAACCCAUCCUCGUACAUCCACAGCAACAUCGCUGGGUUCGUGAAUUUACUCGAAGCCUGCAAAUCAUCAAACCCUCAGCCGGCGAUCGUCUGGGCUUCAUCGAGCUCCGUUUACGGGCUCAAUUCCCAGACACCCUUUUCAGAAAAAGACCGAACGGACCAGCCCGCAAGCCUCUACGCCGCCACAAAAAAGGCCGGCGAAGAAAUUGCCCACACUUAUAAUCACAUCUAUGGACUCUCCAUCACCGGCCUUCGCUUCUUCACGGUUUAUGGCCCUUGGGGAAGGCCAGACAUGGCUUAUUUCACCUUCACUAAGGAUAUCCUAAGAGGAAAAGAGAUUAAGAUUUUUGAGACCUCUGAUCACCAUUCUGUUGCUAGGGAUUUCACUUAUAUUGAUGAUGUUGUGAAGGGCUGUCUUGGAGCAUUGGAUACUGCUAAGAAGAGUACUGGGAGUGGAGGGAAGAAGAAAGGGGCAGCGCAAUUGAGGAUUUACAAUUUGGGGAAUACAAAGCCUGUGCCUGUUGGGAAGCUUGUGAGCACAUUGGAGAAGUUGCUGAAAAUGAAGGCUAAGAAGAAGGUUUUGGUUAUGCCGAGGAAUGGGGACGUGCCCUUUACGCACGCGAAUAUCACUUUGGCUCGUGGGGAGCUCGGGUAUAAGCCCACCACUGAUCUCGAGACCGGGUUGAAGAAGUUUGUGAAGUGGUAUCUUAACUACUAUGGUUCCAAGAAGAGAAGUGCGUGGUGAAAGUUUGGAACUUGAUAACCAUAUGCUCUUGUUUCGUUGUUAGUGUAUGGUUUUACUGCGUUUAUAAUGAAUUCCCAUCGUUAUAUGCUUACAUUGCUAUUGUCUUAUUACAGUGCAUUUGAUUGGAAGGCCUUUCGUUACUUAUUGGUUUACAAGCUGAGAUCACUUCUUGAAUUUAUCACUUUGUUGUGAAUUGUGAGACGUUUCGUUUUGUAGGUAAGAGGUGUACAUUCUGCAACUGGUGGUAUAAAAACGUUUGGAAUUCAUUAGCACUCUUGUUAUAUCUCAUAUGUUCUUAUAAA